AUGUUUUUUGAUCUUAUAUUUCGUGUUGGCGGCCAAACAGGCAUAGACAAAAUCUUUCAAGAUGAAUUUUUUGAGUUUUCAAAAGAUAAAAAAAAGCAAUUGAUUAAUAAUCAAGAGUUCAUUAUGUAUAUAACUAAUACGAUUCGUUUUGUUCUUAUCGGUUUUUGUCCAAAAGGUAGAAAAUGUGAAGAUGGAACCAUUGAUAAUAAGUAUCCAAUGGUGGAAUUAGAUAUUGAUGACUAUUCUUAUAGGACCGAUAAAAAUAUUGAGUUUUCAGAUGGUGUGUUAAUUAUUCAAGGAGAUUCAACGAAUGAUUAUGGUACUCAAUAUACUAUUGAUAGAGCUAAAGAAUUGAAAAAGAAAUUGAAAAUUGUGAAUGUAUUCGCAAGUAAUUUAGACGAGGUUGUGAAAUGGAUUGUUAAUAAUAAUAUACGCUUAUUAAAUGUCUCUGGAGCGAGGAAAAGUAAUUUGUUAGGAGUAGAUCUCCAAGUAAAAAUGGUUUUUAAAAAGUUUUUGAACAAUAUUUAUGAUGAAAUUCUUCAAAAUAGUGGAUUUCUGAUUUAUGAUUCAAUCAGAAGGUUUUAUACUCUCAGUCCGGAAGGUUCUUUUUCAUAUUUUACUGCACAGGAAAUUUUUCAAAAAAUGCGUGAGAAAUGUGCUAAUGUUGAAAUAGUCCUUUUAAAGGAAAAGAGCGAAUUAAUUAAAAUUCUACCAAUACUAAGAUAUGAUGAGUGUCUGUUAGUUCCCACCCAAGUAAACGGAAUUGAUACAUUCGAACAAAAUCAUUUAUUUGAAAGGUUUAAAGUUAAAUUCGAAAUUGAGACAUCUGUGAGGUAUGCAUUACUCUCAGUACAAAAUGAUAUUUCAGGAAUAGAAGAAUUGUAUAGUUAUGAAUCGGCUUUUGAAGAGUGCAAGAAUUGGAUUUGUAAGAAAUUACCAAACGUUAGGAAAAUAAGCGUUGGAUCAACUAGCGAAGCGGCAAAA